CUCCUCCAAUCCCGACAAAGUACACCAUCGUCUUCUGCCUUGAUGUUCUCCAUUUUUCUCUCUCCUCUCCUAUCAUAUGCUCCUCUCUUCUCCUCCUCCGGCCAUCGUCCUCCCUGCAACGCACUAGAGGUCAACAAACCCAACCAAAACUCCAUAAAAUAGUGUGUAAUCUCCACAGGCACCUCUCUCUCUCUCUCUCCAAUUUUUUUUAUUUUUAUGCCGAACCCGAACCACGGUGUUUUCCCCUAGCACCUAGCCCUUGCCUGCUUGAUCUCACUCUCUGUCUCUCGCUCUAACGCCGCCGCCGCCGCCGGUGGUGCCGUGCCUCCUCCGCCCCACAUCAUCACACCAAAUCACCUCAGCAGCCCCACAAGAACAGUUCGUAGGUCGCCAAAUCCAUCCCUACCCAUCCUUCUCCUCCUCCUGCCUGAACAAAAAACGUCAUCUUGUGUAUAUAUAUACCAUGUCCUAAUCGGCCAUGGAUGUUACCGGAGAUGCCAGCGGAGGUCGCCUCCCCAACUUGCCCUUGCAGCUGUUGGGGAAAAAGGAGGAACAUCCUUGCUCCACGUCCCCGGCAGCUGGGACGGGCGCCGGCGCCGGGGCUAAUGGAUCGGCAGCGGCCGGAGAGUUGCAGGUGAGGAAGGUGGCGCCGCCGAAGCGCACGUCGACCAAGGACCGGCACACGAAGGUGGACGGGCGCGGGCGGCGCAUCCGGAUGCCGGCGAUUUGUGCGGCGCGGGUGUUCCAGCUGACGAGGGAGCUGGGGCACAAGACGGACGGGGAGACCAUCGAGUGGCUGCUGCAGCAGGCGGAGCCAGCGGUGAUCGCUGCCACGGGCACCGGAACCAUCCCGGCCAACUUCACCUCGCUCAACAUCUCCCUACGCUCCUCUGGAUCCUCCUUCUCCAUCCCAGCACACCACCACGCCACCGGCCUUCCUGGCCCACGCUUCGGCGGCGCGCGGGGCGAUGCGUGGGACCGCGUCGUCGGCCUCGGGUUUGGCGGCGCCGAGGACCCGGCAUCCACUACCUCGUCGUCGUCCCCACUGCUGCUGAGCUUCCACUCCGGCAGCGUCGGUCUUGACGUGUCACCGUCGUCGUCGUCUGCCGCCGCCAACACGGACCUGUCCAGGAAACGGCGGUGGGAGCAAGAAAUGGAGCAGCAGCAACAUCAACGGCAGCAAUACCAGCAGCAGAUGGCCGGGUACACACAAAGCCAAAUGCCGGGCACCGUGUGGGUGGUGCCUAGCAGCAACGCGGAGGCCAGAGCGGCAGCCGGCGGAGGCGGUGGCAGCGAGUCAACCUGGACGUUUCCGCAAGCAGGGAGCGGCGGCGGCCCGGCAACCGUAUACCGCGGCGUGCCGAGCGGGCUACAUUUCAUGAACUUCUCCGCGCCGAUGGCGCUGAUCCCCGGCGGGCAGCAGCUGGGGCUGGGCGCCGUGGGCGGCAACGACAAUGGCGGCACCAGCGCCGGAGGAGAGGGGCACAUGGGGAUCCUCGCAGCGCUCAAUGCGUACCGGGCUGCACAGGCGGCUUCGGACGCUGCCGCGGGUCAAAACGGAGCGGAAGGGUCUAGUCAGCGACAGCACCAGCAGCACGGCGGCGGCGAGCGGCAGGAGAGCAUGAGCGCCAGCGACUCGUAGGGCUUCGCGGGGGUGUGCACUAGUCUUCUGCAGCGUCUCUCUUCUUUUUCAAUUUGUUCUUCUUGACUUUUUGUUCGUGUUUUUUUCCCCCUUUUGGUUUGCAUUGUUAUGGCUCGAGUUACUUCUUCAAAGUCGUGCAAGGAUCAUAUAGUAGCAUUCCAUGGCAUCUGGAGGUUUAACCAGUUUCCUUACUGUUCCUCCCACUAGGGAUCACAACAAGAGAAGAUGAUCGGGGGGCCAGGUGAAACGUUUGUUAGGGUUUGGAUGACAUGCCUACAUGACUCGAGGAGAUCGAAGAGAUAUUGGCAAUUCGG